GCACUCUCGCAGCUCACCGCGGAGUUCAGCCUGGGUGAUGAAGUGGACUUCGACCCAUACUACAUGUGGGACAACUUCGGCCUCGACGACUUGGUGAUGCACAACCUCACCCGUCAGCACAUGGAGAACAUGGCAACGCAAGGUUGGUCGCCCAUUGAAGGAGGCGAUCCCGAGACUGAGACACGGAGCCAGUCGGCAGCCAGGAACAUCGUCAAGAUGAACUUCGGCGCGGUCAUUGGGAGAAAAACCAGGUUGUUCGGCCAUCUUGGAAGUCUCAAGAAGCAGAUGUUCGAGGACCCAAGGUAG